UUUCCGCUGCGCUCUUAUUUCACCCUCCUCAGAUUGAGAAAGACGCGCAGCUCGAGUUCUGACUAUCGUCGACAAGAAGUCGCCAUCCGACUAAAAUAAAUAACAUUUGAACUGAAACAUUUCGGUUUAAACAACGCAGGAGUUUUCUGUACAUUUUUACUUUCCUUUCAUUUGAAAGUUUAUAGUGUCACGGACCGGCGUCGAGAGAAUUUCUAGGACACGACAGCAGCACGAGCGACAUACCGGCAAACAAAGAAACCCGCUUGUGCGCGAGAUCAGCCCUCACCACUCGUUAGUUAUGAGUCAUGUGGCCGUCGAUAAUGUACACGGUCUAGAUCAGCAGCUCGCUGACCUAGACUUGAAUUCCGCUGAUCUUCAAGGUGUCACCGGAAGGCGUUACAUUCCACCUCAUCUAAGGAACAGAGAAACUUCCAAAAGUGAUUCUCCUGGAGGAUGGGAUAACGGUCGCAGUAAUGGAUUUGCGAAUGGAUUCCAUGAAGGUCGUGACAAUCGCAUGAAUGGCAGCAACAGUUUUGGAGGACGCGGUUCAAUGCGCGGUGACCGUGGAGGACGGGGAGCCUUCAGAGGAAAACCCAGUGGCUCCGGUAAUCCUAUCCAGCCAAUGCAGAACGCAGGAUUUGGCUACGACAACAAGGAUGCCACUGGAUGGAACACCCCAAAAGACAAUGCCUACAACAGCUUUGGUGGACGCUCUGACAGGGGAAAGUCUUCCUCCUUCAAUGACAGAGGGUCUUCCAGAGGACGGUAUGAGCGUGGAGGAUUUGGUGGCGGUGGCAACAGCCGAUGGCAGGAGGACUCUAGGGAUGAGGAAGACUGGUCCAAACCGUUGGCCCGUAAUGAGCGUCUGGAAAAUGAGCUCUUUGCAGGAGGCAACACUGGAAUUAACUUUGAGAAGUAUGAUGACAUUCCAGUUGAAGCCACAGGCCAAAACUGUCCUCCUCAUAUUGAUAGUUUCCAUGAUGUAGAGAUGGGAGAGAUCAUUAUGAGCAAUAUAAGCCUGACCCGCUACACGCGCCCGACCCCUGUCCAGAAACACGCUAUUCCAAUCAUCAAGUCUAAGAGAGACCUGAUGGCUUGUGCUCAGACAGGCUCUGGUAAAACUGCAGCGUUCCUGUUGCCAGUGUUGAGUCAGAUAUUCAGUGAUGGUCCAGGAGAUGCGCUGCUGGCAGUGAAGAACAGUGCCCAGGAAAAUGGGAAGUAUGGUCGUCGUAAGCAGUAUCCCAUUUCACUGGUUCUAGCCCCAACAAGAGAACUUGCCCUCCAGAUCUAUGACGAGGCUAGGAAGUUUGCCUAUCGCUCUCAUGUGCGUCCUUGUGUGGUGUAUGGUGGAGCUGAUAUCGGUCAGCAGAUUCGUGAUUUGGAGAGAGGCUGUCACCUGCUGGUGGCCACACCUGGUCGUCUGGUGGAUAUGAUGGAGAGGGGCAAAAUCGGUCUGGACUACUGCAAUUACUUGGUGCUGGAUGAAGCAGACAGAAUGCUGGAUAUGGGAUUUGAGCCACAGAUUCGUCGUAUUGUGGAGCAGGACACCAUGCCUCCUAAAGGGCUGCGUCAGACCAUGAUGUUUAGUGCCACCUUCCCAAAGGAGAUCCAGAUCUUGGCGCGUGACUUCCUGGAGGAGUACAUCUUCUUGGCUGUAGGAAGAGUUGGAUCCACUUCUGAAAACAUCACCCAGAAGGUGGUGUGGGUUGAAGAAAAUGACAAGAGAUCCUUCCUGCUCGACCUGUUAAAUGCCACAGUCAUGCCAAGUGAGGUUCAGGACAACACAGCAGAGAACAUAGAAAAACCUGGGAAAGAGUCGCUCACGUUGGUGUUUGUGGAGACCAAGAAGGGAGCAGACUCUCUUGAGGACUUCUUGUAUCGUGAAGGCUACGGCUGUACGAGUAUCCACGGUGACCGUUCCCAGAGAGACCGCGAGGAAGCGCUCCAACAGUUCCGUUCGGGUAGAUGCCCAAUCUUAGUCGCCACUGCUGUGGCUGCUCGUGGUCUGGACAUCUCCAAUGUAAAACACGUGAUUAAUUUUGACCUGCCCAGUGAUAUUGAGGAAUAUGUUCACCGCAUUGGGCGUACCGGACGUGUGGGCAACCUUGGUCUGGCCACCUCAUUCUUUAAUGAUAAGAACAGCAACAUCACCAAGGAUUUGCUGGACAUCUUGGUGGAGGCCAAACAGGAGGUACCAUCCUGGCUGGAGAGCCUGGCCUAUGAGCACCAGCAUAAGAGCAGCAGCCGUGGACGAUCCAAGAGGUUCUCUGGUGGGUUUGGUGCCAGGGAUUACCGUCAGACCGCCAGCAGCGGCAGCACUGGAGCCUUUGUUAGUCGCGGUGGUCGUAACACAGGGGGCCAUGGGGGAAACCGUGGAUUUGGUGGUGGUGGCUUUGGGAAUUUCUACAACAGCGAUGGCUACGGUGGAAACUAUUCCCAGGUGGACUGGUGGGGAAACUAAGGCGUGCUUUUCCUUCCUCUUCACACCCCUUCCCCUCAUGAUUACGGUGGAUCACCACGCAAACUCUCACUGAAUGGAAACCACGUACCAUAGCCAGACUAUUUACCCUGUGUAGCUUUGAAGAACUUUGCAGUACAUUACCAGCUGUGAUUCUCUGACCACAUCCGGAGAGGGUGUAAUUCCAUGAGGAUACCAGGACAACUGAUGCUGGAACCAGUCUCAUGAUGUGCUCACCUGUAGAAGAGUGGGUUAAAGGAGACCGUUAAUUUGCUUUAGAUUCUUGGACUCUGGAGGUUUUCCACUAUGUUGUCUGAUUUCUUUUGUACUAAAUGAGAAUCAUUUGUUUGUUAAUGUACUGUGCCUUUAAAUUUAGACCUUUUUUCUUUCUCUGUCUGGCUGACAUUUGACCUAAUUUGUCCCAUCAUCAUUUCCCCCUAUUUCGUUUUGGAAGGCAAAAAAGUAGCUUGGAUGUAAUCAAACCUUGGCAACCUCUGGAAUGGUCUGUCACAAUCUCAUUUUGAACUUAAAUUAAUAAUGGGCUCUCAACGGGGGCCUCGCCCUCAGUCAUUGGCUUUUACGUACUUGCGUGGGAAUUGCAAGGAAAUAAAAACGUUGAAAGAUGUUGCUCACUCUAUCCUGGAGAGAUACCUGUUAAAGACACUGUAGUGUUCUGAAAAUAAAAGCCAAGCCAUUCCACGAACGACAAUUUUGUUGUGAAGUCGUUGAACUGCACCUGCGCGUCUCUCGGCUCGACAAUUGUAACGUUGUGGCAGCUAGUUCAGUACCACUCUAGCUGUUUCUCAUUUUUACUUGAACAAUUAUGAAGGUAGCAAUUGGAUCGUUUUUUUUCUUUUCUUUUAAGGUUCUUGAACUUGGAGUGAAAGCGUAGGCUUGUGACAACUUCAAUAGUAAAAGUUCGAAUGGCUACUCUCGGACCACGACGCCAGAGCGGGCUGGCCUUGAAAGUCUAGCCUGUCUCUGAACUAAUCCGCAUGCUAGUGUUCUUGUUUUUUGGUCAAGGAAAUUUUCAAACCAAUUUCUGCAGGAGGCUUUUAUGUUUGAUUCAUUUGUUCAUUUCUCUUUUCUCUCUUUCAAGCUGCGUUGAAUUCUGGAAGACAUCUCGGGUUUAUUUUUUGAGACACGGCUCCCUCCUGACCCCUGUACCCCCAUAGUUUGGGGCGGACUGGGAAGGUUCAAAAUGGAUGUUAGUGGAGAGGAACCGAGCAGGAUGAGACUCUGAGGCUGGGAGGGGUUGCAGUUUUGACUUGUGGUGUUCUGUUUGAUUGUAGUGAACGAGGUUCUUCCCCAGUUCCCAUCCACCCUUUAAUCCUACGUUAUGGCAGCUGUAGUCUCAGGUUGAGGUACUCUAGAAAAGACAUCAGCUGACAGUGUGGCCGUCUCUCCGUGAGUUUGGCGAGCGGCAUGCGUUAAACUAAAGUGCAAUAGAUCUAAUCUCAAGCGUGUUGUGCCUUUUGCUGAAGUUAAAGGCGACCUGAUGCAUUGACAGUAUUGAGGUAACUCGAGAGGAGUGCUGUUACUUGGGUCGAAGCUCUCGUGUGUGUUAUGCACAUCGAGUUUUAUGAAAGUUGUUUUAUUGCACAUCUAGGGUUUUAUAUAAAUGUCUUGAGUGCGUGUCCUUAAGCUUCCAAAUAAUGUGUGUUAAGAUUGCGAAACGCAGCUUGUUUACAAAAGGGGAAGGGUUCUCCAGGAGUUAACAGGAUUGAUUUGGGACCAGAGGGAUUAGCAGUGGGGAAUUUAGCUAUUUGCACACAGAUUACUAGAUUCUACUUUUGCUGCUAAUUUGUGUAAUUUAUUAAGCAUUUUUGAGAGAUAUUUAUUUUUAUAAGCCUAAAAGUGAUAGCAACUUGACCAAAAGACAGUACAAAAACACUGGCACUUGAAUGUUGAAUGUCACCCGUAUGCGUGAAGUUUAUACUUUUCGGGGUAGUGUGAGCUUUUAAUGUCUAAAGGUCACUAUGAAUGCAGAAUCCUCAUCUGUAAUCUGUCUUGCUGACGAUUCGUUUCGGUUCGAUCAAUCGCAAUGAUUAAUUGGCAGCCAAAAUUAGAAAGUAAAACAACCAUGCCAAGGUUUGAAAAAAAUGUUGCAGAUAUUUUUCUAAUUGUGUGUCUGUGCAAAGUGUUCAGAUUCUCCAGUUUUUUCCUCCAAAUUUCUUUUUGUGUCUUUGCCCCAACCCCGUGGAUUUCUGGCACACGGCGAUCUUAAGUAACACAAAUGUGGUUCUGUUGCAUUUGCGUACAUUGGGCUACGGCGGUCGAGUUCUCUGACAGGUUUGGCCACAAAUUCAGUCUUAAUUACACAAGUUGUGAAUUGUUAAACAUGAAAUGGGUGGCUUUUAAUUCUCCAAAUCAUGUGCAAGAACAUCACCGGAGCCCUUAGACUUCGAGUAUUUGCUUUGUAAUAGGUUAGAGGCUGUGCACUGCACGAAAAAUGAGAUGUUUAUUGUAUGAUUUUACCAAAUUAAAGUUGGAAAUUGCAAAUACAGCAUUCGUUCCGUGUGUUUGCAGGAUGUCUUUAGCAUUUGGGUCUCUUCAUAAUGCUUUGUCUUUUGUCAUCGUUUUACACAGAAUGAAUACUGAUAAUAAAAACCUGCUAUAUCUUA